GCCUUCGUACUACAUCGAUCCACUCUCCAAGCAUUGUCCACGACAUGGAGAAGACUGAAGACGGUUUCAUCAUCUCUGCACCCGCAGUGGCGGCGGAUCUUCCAGAGGAGGAGGAGGCGCAGGCUCCAGAAGACGAAGAGGCACUCUUCGGCAAUGCCACAGAUCUCAUCAAGUCCACCUUCGAAGUCACCGUCACACUUGCAGACCAGCAGGCGGACCCGAACUCGCCGCUGUUCAGCGCAAAGUCAUUUGAGCAGCUUGGACUGCAUCAAGACCUGCUCAAGGGUAUCUACCAGAUGGGCUUCUCCAAGCCCUCGAAGAUACAGGAGCGUGCAUUGCCUCUGCUUUUGGCAAACCCGCCGCAGAACUUCAUUGGCCAGUCACAAUCAGGGACGGGAAAGACCGCUGCAUUUGUACUCACUAUGCUGAGCCGCAUUGACUUCUCACAGAACAAGACGCAGGCUCUCUGUCUCGCCCCGUCGCGGGAACUUGCGCGACAGAUCAUGUCUGUCGUAGUUGCAAUGGGCAAGUACACUCCGGUACAAACAGAGUACGCCAUCCGCGAUGCUCUACCGAAGGGCGCUUCUCGGGUCACUGCGCAAAUUAUUGUCGGCACUCCGGGUACCAUGAUCCAUCUUAUCAAGAUGAGAGUCAUCGACACCUCGGAGGUCAAAGUUUUCGUGCUGGACGAAGCGGACAACAUGCUGGAUCAAGGCGGACUGGGCGACCAAACACUGCGCGUGAAAAACAUGCUUCCUCGUACUCAUCCGGUCCAGAUCGUUCUCUUCUCUGCCACCUUCCCCGAUCACGUGCGGAGCUUCGCGGCGAAGUGCGCGCCCAACGCGAACAAGAUCGAGCUGAAAAGCAAUGAGUUGUCUGUUGACAAUAUUGUCCAAUUCUACCUGGAUUGUGCCACGGAAGACGAGAAAUAUGAUGCUCUGGUCAACCUCUACCACGUCCUGACGGUCGGGCAGAGUAUCAUUUUCUGUCAACACCGUCAUACUGCCGAUCGUAUCUCACAGCGCAUGACCGCUGAAGGGCACAAGGUCGCAUCCCUACACGGUGCAAAGGACUCGACAGAGCGUGAUGCAGUCAUCGAUAGGUUCCGUGAAGGCCGUGAGAAGGUCCUCAUCACGACAAACGUCCUUGCACGAGGUAUCGACGUUUUGCAAGUGAACCUGGUCAUCAACUACGACCUGCCUAUGCUCAAUGAGCGCGAGAAUUGGCAAAAUAAGAAUGACGUGCGACCGGACAUUGAAACCUAUAUCCACCGUAUUGGCCGCACAGGACGAUUCGGACGGAAGGGAAUAUCAAUCAAUUUCGUCCACAACCGCUUGACGCACGAGCACAUGAACAUGCUCCAGAAAGGGACGGGGAAGCCCAUCAUCAAGAUUGAGACGCAUGACAUCGAUGUAAUGGAAGAGCAAAUGAAGAAGGCCCUGAAGGCAUCAUGAAAGCGCUUGAGCAAUCCACUGUUGUUAUAUAGCAACCCUGUUGUGUUAUCUCCAUCGUGUAGCAUAUCUUGUUCCCCUGUCACGUUCAUUCCUGUCCUUCGUCUUGACGGACGCAUAUGCUGGAUACCCUAUUUGUGCGC